CGGUUGUUGUUCCCCGAUCGACUCUGCUCCAGCGCCCAAGGCGUCCUCCUCCACCCCGCGUACCCACGCGCCGCCGCCAAGCCCCAGAGCACCGCUCGACCUCCUCCACACCAUGAUCGAUCAGCAACCAAAAGAGGAAGAUAGACUCAGCAUGCUGACAGAUGAUAUUUUACUGUCCAUCUUGGCGAGAGUCGAUGUACGAACUGCUGCACGGACAAGUGUGCUGUCUACACAGUGGAGGCGCCUUCCUUGGUUGCUGCCCGAGAUCAGCAUUAAUGCCAAAAAAUUCCUACCAGUUCCAGGCCAAAACCCUAUCGAGGCGAAGAAUAUGGAGGAAGCAAUGGCCUCUCUAACCAAAGCAACCAGGAGUUUCUUGGUUAACCGGCAUAGAGAAACCAGCAUCUUUACUCUGCACCUUAAGAUCUACCCGAUCAACACUUUCUUGUGCGAAGUCGGCCCACUGGUAAGUGACACAGUAGAGAGUGGUUUGUUGAAAGAAUUGGAUCUCGCCAUUCUUGAUAAGAUAGGUCUUUGGGAGUCAAAUUUUGAGGAGGAGGAUAUGCUACAACGAGCCCAAAAUAUAGAUAAUUUCUUCAGUAUCUACCCUAUUGUGCUCCAUUGCCUCACAAGACUCUCUCUAUACAAUGUACGGAUUGACAAAUUGGAUAUGCACCAUCUGUUGUUUGAGUCCUGCAAGCAACUUAAGCAUCUAGGCCUCUCUCGGUGUGAUACUGGUGAUCACUCUCUGUUUACAAUUGAUGCACCAAACUCAAAACUCUGUGUUCUAGAACUCACCAAUUGUCGUUUUGAGAGACUUGAGUUGGUCUGCCUUCCAAAAUUGGAGAAGCUCAGAUGGGACACUUGGGUAUCUGACAAUGUUCCUUUGACCUUUGAUUUUAUCCCAUCUCUUAGGGAACUAGAAUUCGUAUAUGAUGCGACAUUUGGUCAACGUGAAUUGAAAUUAAGCGAGCUUCUACAUGGAACCACUUGCAUACAUACUCUCACACUGGAUUUUGUUGGAAAAUGUAAGUUGUAG